GUUGUGAAUUUCAAAGACCACACAUUUCUAUAGGAGAUAUAAUAAAUACAGUAUCCAGCACAAGUAUGACUACGCCGUGGGGUAAGAUACAGGCAGCACCUGUUAUGCCAUGUUCACUACAAGACGUAAUGAGUGAACAGCUUGCACUUGAUCUUCAGCAGAAGGAGGAAGAAAACAGUGUGAAAGUUGACGAGACAAGGACCUUCCAGGAGAUCUUAGCAGCAGCCAGUGAGGACCCAGAAACAACAGAUGACUAUUUACUGGCUCAGAUGCUACAACAGGAGUACGACCGAGAGCAUGACCAGGCACUCAAAAUAGAGGAAAGAAAGUUCAAUGGAAAUAAUAAAGUGUCAAUUUCUUUUGAGAACUACAGAGUGGUACAUCCAGCAUACAGAGAUGAGGAAGAAGAAGAUGAAAUAGAUCCAGAUGAAAUCGAGAACAGGAAAAGUGAAUGGGAUAGUCCAAGUCCUAAGUUCAACAAAUCUGGAGUAUUUGGCAAAGGCAAGAAUAUAACUACCAAACAUGAUGCAGAGAUUUGUGGUAGGAGAAAUGCAUCUAGAUUAAUGGAUCUUCCACCAGAAUUUCACUCGGGUGAUGGAGAAGGGAUUGACAUGAAGCUACCGAAUAAAGUAUACAACAAACUAAAGCUGCACUCACUGGCGGAAAACAAGAGAAGUCAGAGACUGCAUGAGAAAAAGGAAUUUUCUACAUCCGAACAAGUGUUAGAUCCCCGCACCAAACUCCUGCUGUAUAAGAUGGUGAAUAACGGGACCCUGGAGUCAGUAGGGGGAAGCAUCAGCUCGGGGAAGGAGUCUGUGGUGUAUCACGCCUAUGGGGGGAGCAAAGAGGGGGUUUUGCUGUCAACUGAGUGUGCAGUCAAGAUCUACAAGACAACAUUAAACGAAUUUAAGAACAGGGGAGCGUAUGUCGAUGGGGAUCACAGGUUUUCAAGGGACGACUUUAAGAAAAACAACCCAAGAAAAGUCAUUCGAAUCUGGGGGGAAAAAGAAACAGCUAACCUCAAUAGAAUGAAGAAAUUUGGAAUUCCUUGCCCUGCUGUACAAGUCCUGAACAAGCACAUCUUAGUGAUGAGUUUUAUAGGAGAGGACCAAUGCCCCGCCCCCAAACUAAAGGAUGCACAGCUUUCUGUGGAAGAUUAUGAGGAUGCUUAUGAACAGGUUAUAAAGAUAAUGGAUACAAUGCAGAAUAAAUGUGCCUUGGUUCAUGGCGACUUGAGUGAGUACAAUCUACUCUGGUACCAAGAUAAAGUGUGGGUCAUAGAUGUCAGCCAAGCUGUAGAACUCACCCACCCCAAGGCCAUGGAAUUUUUGUUCCGUGACUGCACAAAUGUGUGCAAGUUCUUCAAAAAGGCAGGAGUGCAUGGUGUUAAAGAACCAGAGAAACUGUUUAAUCAAAUCACAAGACUUAAUAUCAAAGGAAAAGGUGCCGAGUUUGCCGCCCAGGUCCAGAGAUAUGACAAGGAGAGAAGUGCCGAGUUACUGGCACAUCAGAUUUCUAUGAAGGAGUAUGCGUUUGAUUACUACUUUGAGAAGUCCCAGCAGGACCGGUUAGAGGAAGCUGGGGAGGAGCAGGAGGAGAUGUUAGAGGACAGGAACGAUCCGUUUGAGUAUUUUUAUGAGAAAUCUCUACAAGACAAAGAGGACGAGGCAGGAGGCCAGUAUUCAGAGGAGGAGGAAGAGGAUGACGAGGAUGUGGAAGAGGAACUGAGGAAUGCUGAUGAGGACAAAAUGGACAAAUUAAAACUAGGGUAGUGAUAGAGCUCUCAGAUAUUGGGGGGUGGGGAAAAUACUGUCAUGAUGUACAUGUGUAUUUAUUUGUUUAUAGAGUAAUGGGAGGUGAAAAGGGGAAAGGUCAAUUAUUAUUAAUAAUUACUAUGGUCCCUGUUGAAUCAGCUAAAACAUCAGGAUUAUCUGUAAUUUAAAUCAAAUACAUGAUAUGUAAUUGUAUGUGUAACGGUGCUGAAAUUUUGUUGUUUUGGUCUUAUUGCAUUCUUUGUAUGAAUUUGUUUUCUUGAUUAUUAAUAUUUUACCUUUCAACAUAGUAAAUGCUUUAUUACAUAUUUUAUAGGUGUUAUAAUUUUACUUUUUGUUAAUUGUUGAAUUGCCUUUUUGCCUUUUCAUCUUUAAAUGAAGAUGUUUGCAUGAGGGAUUGUAAUUUUUUACUUGCUGACUGAUACAGUGUAAAUCAGUCACAGCAAAGGUGAUCAAUUGCAAAAUUUGCAAUUGGUAAGUUCAUUGAAAUCUGAAUCAUGUAUCUUAUAAAAUUUUCAAAAAUCUGUCUUAGAAAUUUUUGAUAUGAAUAAUUUUGUAUCUUCUGUUGAAUCUUGGAUAUCAGAGCCCUCUGAAAUUAAUGCAAAAUGCUUGUUAAAAAAAGAACAAUAUAUGAUUAUCUCCCUUUACAUUGUAGAUAUUUUUAAAAAUGUGACAACAUUUGAUAAGAUAACUAUUACCGGUUUUUACCUGUACUGUAUAUGUAAUUUGUAAAUCUGUUGAAGACCAUUUACACUACACAAAACAUCUGUUCUGUAGUAAUUUAUAUAACAUUACACUCUUAUACUCUGACAAUAUUUAAAUUUUAGAGAACCUCUUUAAAACACAGAUUUUAAGAAAUACAUAAUAGCAAAGAAUACUUGAAAUAUGAAUACAGGUUGUUACAUAAUAUUAUAUAAAUAUAUACCCCUCAUUAUCUUCAUCCUGACGUUCACAUAGCAGCAAUUAGUGUAUGAUUUUGAAUCUGUGAAAUGAUCUGUCAAAGACAGUUUUUAAAAUAAAUUUAAUAAAUGUGA